AUGAAUGCUCUGGAGCCCUCUCCCACACACUACCCACCUUCGCUUCCCCCUGCCUUGGCUUCUCAUUCUCUGUCCUCUCAGCGGCCAACUGCUGCGGCCAACUGCUGGUGGGCCGAGCCCAAGAGCGUGCAUUCACACUUCAUCUAUGUCUACGAGCUCCCCAGACGGUUCAACGUUGACCUCUCUGACCGCCUCACCUCACACCACCUCUCCGAUUUCCAUCUAGACAACCUCCUAUUCAGGGCACUGCAGCGCUCCAACAUACACCGCACAGUGGACCCUGAAGCUGCAUCUCUCUUCUUCCUCCCCGUGCUGCCCAUGCUGCACCUCGCCCUGCGCCUGCCCUCUCUGGAAGCCCCCUCCCUUGCGCUCGCUGCUGCGGCAGCAGGGGGAGGGGCAGCAGGGAGAGGGGCAGCAGGGGGAGGGAGAGCAGGGGGAGGAGGAGCAGGGGGAGGGGGAGCAGGGGGAGGAGGAGCAGGGGGAGGGGGAGCAGGGGGGAAUGGGCUUGAGCUGUCGUUAGAGCAUUGGGAGGCGCUGGCAGAUACUGGGCGUUAUGUGGGGGAGGCGUUAUUGUAUGUGCAGGUGAGAGGGGGAGGAGCUGCAAUACUCAACAUCCCCCCCUUUAUGAACCCCUCUGUCCUUGGCUCUCCUUUCACCGGCCAACCCUCCUCCUACCCCGACCUGCUCUUCCUCUCACUCACAACACCCUCCUUUCAUCCCUCCUUUUCUUUCCCUCCCUGCCCCCCUCCCCUGCCCCCCUUCCCUGCCCCCCUCCCCUGCCCCCCUCCCCUGCCCCCCUCCCCUGCCCCCCUCCUCUUCCCCCCUCCCCUGCCCCCCUCCCCUGCCCCCCUCCCCUGCCCCCUCCCCCUGCCCCCCUCCUCUUCCCCCCUCCCCUGCCCCCCUCCCCUGCUCACCCUCCCCUGGCAGCAUCCUCCCUUUCGUCAACCCCUCUCUCCUCGGCUCUCUAUUCACCCUCCAGCCCUCCUCCUACCCCGACCUGCUCUUCCGCUCAGUCCUCCACCUCACCCCCACUGCCGCCGCCGCCGCCGCUGCCAGAAGGAGAGCAGCGGCCGGCAGAAAACAGACAACUGCUGCCGGUCGGUUGAAAGCUGCUCUGGCAGGGAAGAAGCAGCAGCAGGAGCAGCAGGAGGGGGUGGGGGUAGGAGAUGGGAAGGGGCGUGUGGGGAUAAGGCAGCAGAAGUUGCAGUUGCAGCAGAUGAGCAAGAAGGAGAGGAGAAGGGGGGUGGCCAUCCUGCCUCUCCUCCCCCUCACACCGCCCAUCCCCUCCCGGACGUGCGCAACCACUCCCUCCCCAUUCUUUUCCUCCUCAGUCCCUCUAGGCUCUCCAACCACUCCUCCACUCUCCAGGAGUACGGGGGUACCCACUUUGAGGGCUGUACAUCUCCUCCCACUCACACUCCCCACCAUUUCCCCCUCUUGCCAUCUCCCCCUUCACCUGCCCGCCAGCACAGGGAAUGCACUGUGCCUCACGUGGUACACAGGAUAUGCCCUGUCUCACCCGGUAACGACCUGGUCAUCCCGCCUCUCCUCCUGCUCACGCCGCCCAUCCCCCCCGACGCCCGCAACCGCUCCCUCUUAACCUCUUUCCAAAUCCCUAGCUCUCCCUCUCCCUUUCUCCCUGCCCGCCAGCACAGGAUAUGCAUUGCGCCUCACCCGGUAACGACCUGGUCAUCCCGCCUCUCCUCCCGCUCACGCCGCCCUUCGAUCUCCUCUCUCUUCCCCGUCCCAUUCCUCUUCACCUGCCCGCCAGCACAGGAUAUGCAUUGCGCCUCACCCGGUAACGACCUGGUCAUCCCGCCUCUCCUCCCGCUCACGCCGCCCUUCGAUCUCCUCUCUCUUCCCCGUCCCAUUCCUCUUCACCUGCCCGCCAGCACAGGAUAUGCAUUGCGCCUCACCCGGAUAUGCAUUGCGCCUCACCCGGUAACGACCUGGUCAUCCCGCCUCUCCUCCCGCUCACGCCGCCCUUCGAUCUCCUCUCUCUUCCCCGUCCCAUUCCUCUUCACCUGCCCGCCAGCACAGGAUAUGCAUUGCGCCUCACCCGGUAACGACCUGGUCAUCCCGCCUCUCCUCCCGCUCACGCCGCCCUUCGAUCUCCUCUCUCUUCCCCGUCCCAUUCCUCUUCACCUGCCCGCCAGCACAGGAUAUGCAUUGCGCCUCACCCGGAUAUGCAUUGCGCCUCACCCGGUAACGACCUGGUCAUCCCGCCUCUCCUCCCGCUCACGCCGCCCUUCGAUCUCCUCUCUCUUCCCCGUCCCAUUCCUCUUCACCUGCCCGCCAGCACAGGAUAUGCAUUGCGCCUCACCCGGUAACGACCUGGUCAUCCCGCCUCUCCUCCCGCUCACGCCGCCCUUCGAUCUCCUCUCUCUUCCCCGUCCCAUUCCUCUUCACCUGCCCGCCAGCACAGGAUAUGCAUUGCGCCUCACCCGGAUAUGCAUUGCGCCUCACCCGGUAACGACCUGGUCAUCCCGCCUCUCCUCCCGCUCACGCCGCCCUUCGAUCUCCUCUCUCUUCCCCGUCCCAUUCCUCUUCACCUGCCCGCCAGCACAGGAUAUGCAUUGCGCCUCACCCGGUAACGACCUGGUCAUCCCGCCUCUCCUCCCGCUCACGCCGCCCUUCGAUCUCCUCUCUCUUCCCCGUCCCAUUCCUCUUCACCUGCCCGCCAGCACAGGAUAUGCAUUGCGCCUCACCCGGAUAUGCAUUGCGCCUCACCCGGUAACGACCUGGUCAUCCCGCCUCUCCUCCCGCUCACGCCGCCCUUCGAUCUCCUCUCUCUUCCCCGUCCCAUUCCUCUUCACCUGCCCGCCAGCACAGGAUAUGCAUUGCGCCUCACCCGGUAACGACCUGGUCAUCCCGCCUCUCCUCCCGCUCACACCACCCAUCCCCCCUGAUGCCCGCAGCCGCUCCCUCCCCGUGCUUGUUCUCCUCGGCCCUCCUCACCGCUCUCCACCCCUCCUCGCCCCUCCUCACCACUCUCCACCCCUCUCCGCCCCUCUCGCCUCUCCUCCUCCUGCCAAGGAUAUCCCCAACCCGGACCCCACCUCUCUUGCGCAUGCCAAGCACACACCCACGGACCUUGAUGGGACUGAGGGGCUAACCAGGCGCCUAUUGGGUGAAAGCGUGACUAGGCAAGCGGGUGACGGCGGCAAUGGCGGUGGUGGUGAUUGGGAUCGUGAUGGUCUCUGGAAAGCGGGGGAAGCUAUAGUUGAAUCGAGUCAGGAAUUGACCCGAAAAUCGACUCGACGAUCAAGUGGCGAUGGCCAUGGCAGUGGUGGUGGUGGUGGUGGUGGUGGUGGUGGUGGUGGUGGUGGUGGUGGUGGUGGUGGUGGUGGUGGUGGUGGUGGUGGUGGUGGUGGUGGUGGUGGUGGUGGUGGUGGUGGUGGUGGUGGUGGUGGUGGUGGUGGUGGUGGUGGUGGUGGUGGUGGUGGUGGUGGUGGUGGUGGUGGUGGUGGUGGUGGUGGUGGUGGUGGUGGUGGUGGUGGUGGUGGUGGUGGUGGUGGUGGUGGUGGUGGUGGUGGUGGUGGUGGUGGUGGUGGUGGUGGUGGUGGUGGUGGUGGUGGUGGUGGUUAUUGGGAUCAGCACGGCCUGUGGAAAGAGGGGGAAGGCGAUGAUGUGGCAGCUGCAGAUGGGGUGGCAGGGGCAGAAGUGGAAGGAGGGGCAGCCGGGGAAGCAGGGGCAGCAGGGGGGUCAGGGGCAGCACGGGAAGGAGCAGGCGGAGCAGGGGAAACAGGGGAAACAGGGGCGGCAGGGGAGGCAGCGGCAGCAGGGGAAUCAGGAAAAGCUGAAGGGUGGAGGGAAGAUGUGCGGAGAAAGGAUGAGGGGAUUGGUCCUGAUGAGAGAAUGGGGGCAGGAACAGUAGGGAGUGGGUUUGACCGGGAGGCAGUGCGAGGGGCGUUCAUGGAGAUGGUGGGGACGAGCAACCCCAAGGGGUGGGCGCUGCUGCAGCUUUCCCCCCAUGCAGCCGCGGCAGCGAUGCAGGGAGCAGUGUUCUGUGUUUGUCUCCCAGACGCAUCUCACUGGCACGAGAUGGUGUGCAUGGCGCAAGCUGUCGUCAACGGCUGCAUCCCAGUCACCUUCUUCCACCACUACCGCCACCCCUGGUUGCACUCGCUGCCCUUCAGUGCCUUCUCUCUCAACAUUGAUCCCAUGGACGUGCACGAAACAGCCAUGCGCCUCGAUGUGAUGCUGCUGGAUAUGAGCCUCCUGUGGCGCAUGCAGACGGAGCUACACUCAGUGCAGCAGAGAUUGCUCUAUAACGAGUCUGCUCCUAUCAGUGCUGUUGACCAGGUCAGUCACUCCCUUCCCUAG